AUGCGUGGGGAGGGGGGGGAAUACCGAACUCGAUAUGAGGAGGCUAGUCCUUGUUCUUACAGAAUUCUCCCGCAGAUUCGCCUAGAGCCGAUAUUGCUCAACAGGGCACGAGAGCUGAAUCCAAAAGGAUUGAAACAUUCUACUGAUGUUAUUUCUGUCAUUGAAACGUCGGACAAAGUCAUUGUGACGGUACAAAACAAAGAUGGCCCCCGCGAAGAUUGGGAGGCGGACUAUGUUCUCGGUGCUGAUGGAGGUCGCAUGAUGGCUGAUCAGCUGGGUAUCGCGUGGGAAGGUAGCAUCAAAUCGGGGUAUCUAUACCCUCUCGGUCCAUUCCCAUCGGACCCUGACAUUGAAGAAUGGUAUUUUGGAUGCGCAAUGCUACCAGAUGACCCGCAAAGGUUCGAUACCGAUGCGAUGGUCAGUCGAAUCCGGAAGACGCUUGAACUCCCCGAUCUCAAAAUCGAGCUUCGCAGCGUCAGUCACUGGUACGUUGGCAGCAUUGUGGCGGAACACUUCCGCAGCAAAGGAGGGAAAGUUUUCUUAAUUGGGGAUGCGGCCCAUAGAAUCCCGCCCUGGGGAGCUUUGGGUAUGAAUACCGGAGUUCAGGAUGCUUUCAAUUUGAUCUGGAAGCUUGCGUUCACGUUGCGUGGAGCUUGGAAACCCCCGAAUUCGCUUCUCGAUACAUACGAAGAAGAGCGACGACCAAUCGCUAAAGGCGUCGCCUAUUCUAGUCUGUUUAACCUGAGAAGCCAUGGAGAUGCAAUGGACCGAGCGAUUGGUGUGUCUCCAAAUCAAUCAAUCGAAGAAAAUCAAUCCGCUAUGGAUGCUUUUUUCGACAAGGAACAUCCUGACUAUCAAAAGAAGCAGCUGGAUGUCCAGGGUGCUCAGACAGUUCUCGAUGGCGAAUUCUGUGCUCUCGGAACUGAAAUGGGCUGGUUCUAUCCUUCCGUCGAUACCAAGAAUGAAGGAAAGUCAUCAAGACAUGACGGCCAGAUUCGUGAAGAUGAUGAAUUCGAUAACAUCUACUACCAUCCCUCAACCAUCCCCGGUCAUCAUCUUCCUCAUCUUUGGUUGCAGCGGGGGAACAUCACCAUCUCUAGUCGAGACUUGCUCCAGCCGCAGCAUUUCUUGCUUCUAGCAAAUUCUCCCGUGAAGUGGAACUUUCUUGAAGAUUUCCAUAUACCGUAUCGAUUUGAACAUAUUGAUAGUUCAAAUGGCUGGAAAGUGUCAGAGGGAGCUUGGAAAGAAUUAUUUCCAGCAGGUGAGAAUGGCGCUGUUCUCGUGCGGCCAGAUGGUAUUAUAGCUUGCAGGGGCAACCCUGAUGACUAUGGAUUGCUGUCCGGGAUUUGGGUUUAA